GGGCUGUUGUGGGCUUUAGCCAGUCUCCAGAGAGCUAGGUGACGGUUAUUCCUACCAUCUGACCAGGACGGUGCAGCUCAGCCAGCCACAGCACUGGAAUUUCCCAGGAGCCGGGGGAGCCUGGAAUUUGGACUUUUCCUGACCAACUGAAGUGGAACAGGGAGCUUGACUGACCCAGGAGAGCACAAUGGAUCGCGAACCACCAAACAGGAUUGGCAGCAAGCCCUCAGGUGUAGGAGACUUUUCUGCCACCAGGUUUCUCUCAAAUCCAAUGAUGGGAGGUGUUGAGUCUGAUUGGUCUCCAAUGCAUGAGGCUGCAAUCAAUGGGCGUCUGCUCUCUUUGAGGAGUCUCAUCAGCCAGGGGUGGGGUGUGAACAUCCUCACAGCAGAUUGUGUGUCCCCACUCCAUGAAGCCUGUCUUGGAGGUCAUCCCUCUUGUGCAUCCAUUUUAUUAAAGCAUGGAGCUCAGGUGGAUGGCGUUGCCACAGACUGGCACACUCCCUUGUUCAAUGCUUGUAUCAGUGGCAGCCAGGAAUGUGUGAAUUUGCUUCUGCAGUAUGGAGCCAGCCCCCACCCUGCAUGUGAUCUGGCAUCUCCCAUCCAUGAAGCUGCUAAGAGAGGCCACAUGGGGUGCAUCGAGUCCAUUGCAGCUCAUGGGGGUAACAUUGACUAUCAUAUCAGCCACCUGGGCACUCCACUCUAUUUGGCUUGUGAAAACAAGCAGAUAGCCUGUGCCAAGAAGCUUCUGGAAGCAGGAGUAAAUGUGAACCGAGGCCGAGACCUGGAGUCCCCUCUUCAUGCAGCAGCUAGGGCAUCCAGUGAGGAGCUGGCCACCCUGCUCUUGGACUUCGGAGCAGACAUGCAGGCCAAGAAUGCCGAAGGCAAACGUCCCUUCGAUUUGGUGUCUCCAGAUGACCCUCUGUUUCAGCUCUUCGUGAAGAGAGAAGAGCCCCCUUCUUUGAGGCAGUUAUGCCGCCUUCGAAUCCGGAAGUGCUUUGGGAUCCAGCAGCAGCAUAAGAUCAAUGAACUCCUCCUCCCAGAUGAGCUGAAAAAGUUUCUCCUGCACAUUUAAGUGUGUCAAGGCAAGCGUUAUCACUGUGCUAUAGCCACAGGAAUUCCUAAAUAAAGUUGUAGUAGUAGUUGUUUUUUUCAAUGGAAACACACUGGGUACUUUUGUAUUGUUGAUUCAAAGACAUGAAGACUUUUUUCUUUUCUUUAUGUUGGCUGUUGUCAUUUUUAUUUUAUUAUUGUUUAAAAUAUUACAAAUAGUAGCACAUAUGUCUCCUUUUUUUCCCAGUUGACCUUCCCUCAGACUCCGCUAACCGCCGGCACAUGCCCUCACCCA